GUUACGGAAACCUAAGGCUAUAUUCCUUCCUUGGCCACGGCCCCCAUUAUCCUGCUAUCCCAUUCGGAAUUCUGACAUCCACAUUUCUGGUCGACAUGAAAGCAUCCCAAAUAAGGCUAACAUCUUUUCAUCAGAAGCUUCUUCGCGGCGAAACCAUAUACUUACCCCCAGCAGUUUCUCCACUCCGCAUUUCAUAAUGGGUUUCGACAUGAGCUCGUCUUCUGAGCUCCCAAUGAUGAGGCGUAUAAAAGUCCUUCCUUGCGGGAACAGAUCCCUUUGAGGUGUAUCCUCGUUUACCAUUUUCCUGGGAAUGGAUCUUGCAGAAGGGAGUGUCGAUAGCGAAAAGGCUUCCCAUGGACCUGAUACGCUUUUAUCUGACGAAGAACUCAGGAAAGUCCAACGGCGGAUUGAUGUUCGCAUCAUCCCAUGGUUAUGCAUAACCUACCUAGACAUGCGCAUCGACAUCAACAUCUCCAACGCCGCUAUCAUCAACAUCGAACAAGGACACGGGAUCAAGAAACAGCUGCACCUGAGUACGCAAGAUUGGAACUGGAUUGUUUCGUGUUUCUUCUACCCCCAUGCUGCUUUUGAGCUGGUCUCUACGCUCCUGAUGAAGCGUACAACGUGGACCGAGCUUCUGGAUCGGCUAAAUCAUGAUAACAUGGGGAGUCAUCGUCAUGUGCAUCGCAUCCGUGCAAAAUUACCGUGGCCUCAUAACUUGCCGAUACUGGGUGCCGCCGAAGCGGGGUACUACCCCUGUGUGAUAUACUACCUCGCAUUCUGGUUUAGACCAGAAGAGCCGGCCCUCCGAGUUGCUGCAUUCCACUCGUUCGGCCAGGUUAGCGGUUUCAUAGGGGGUUUCCUGGCGUUUGCGAUUUCAUAUGCGGAUGGGGUUCUAGCGGGAUGGAGAUGGCUCUUUAUCAUCGGCAAGUGUAUACCGGCAAUCCUAAUGGGGGUGACGACUUUCUUCAUACUCCCCGAUUUUCCGCAGACAGCUACAUUCUUGACAGAGCGCGAACAAGCGAAGAUAAUCGAUCGGUUGUCUAGAGAUGCCCCUUCGAAGGAGGGAAAGACUUGGGAUAAGGGCGAGGUGUUGAGGCUCUUUGCGGAUCCGACAUUUUGGACGUUCUCUGCAGUGUGGUUUUGCCAUGCAGUGGGUGGAUUUGGGUUGUCGUAUGUCCUGCCUACAGUGAUAUACGAGCUUGGAUCUACAACCACGGCGCUGAGCAACGUACUUUCUAUGGCCCCGUCACUAAGCGUGUUUGUAUUACUGAACACGCUAGGAUGGCUCAUCCAGAAGCGUUUUUGGAACUCUUUCCAGAUAGUUAUGGGGCGUGCGUGUGGAGUUUACCAAUAUCAUCUACUGUAUAAUACUGCUCACCGUGAACGUGCCUGUGGUGCGCUACUUUGCACUGCUCGUAGCAACUGCAACCGCUGGGUCUGUGUACGCCGUGCUCUGGCCAAACCGUUUGAAGCCGCCCGGGGAACAUCAGCCGCUGGGAUGGUGAUAGGCAUUACUAAUGCCAUUGCACAGUUCCCGGGUAUCCUUGGGCUGCAAGUCUUUUCUGGCAUAUACGGACCAUCAUACAAGGUCUCGUUUUCUGUUUGUGUGGACCUUUUGGCGGGUGCGGUGGUGUGGAUUGGGACAUCUGCUGUGUUGUUGCAUCGAUUGUGGGGAGAUGGGAGGACUGGUGGUGUCUCGUCGAAGAGAAGUAUUGAAGAAGUGAAGUAA